AUGUUGCAUGUUGGAGUCGUUACGAGUGGCUGCAUUGAGAGUGAGAGGCAAGCAUUGCUGGAGUUCAAGGCCGCCAUGGUUGAUGAUUACGGCAUGCUCUCAUCGUGGAACGGUCAGGAUUGCUGCCAUUGGAAUGGUGUUGGCUGCAACAAUCUCACUGGCCAUGUGCAAAGUCUCGAUUAUGACUUCACCGAAAAUGAAUAUACCUCUGUACAAAGAUUUUUGAGAGGUAAGAUUCCAAACUCAUUAGUGGAAUUACAACAUCUUAGGUACUUGAACCUCAGUUCAAAUGGUUUUGAAGACUACCAUAUCCCUGAAUUCUUUGCUAACUUCUCUAGCUUGAGACAUCAUGAACGUAAGUUCGCCAAUCGAGACACUGGUUGGCACAAGACGCAAAAAUGUGGCGACAUAGAAGUCAAGUCAUCUGGAAGUUACCACAACCGCAAACUCUGCGCCUGA